CAGAAGGAACCAAAACGCACAAAUAAAGAUAUAUCGAAGCAAUCCAAGUGAAGAUAAUGUGUCACAUAAACCCUAAUCGAAUCAGAGAAGACGCAUAACUCACCUUCCAGCAGCAGCGAGAUGAAGAACGUAGAGACGGGCUCUGAAGUUACAGCAAUGGCAGCAUUCAGGAGGGAGACGAAGAUGGGUCUUCACGGCUUCUACGCUCUUUGGGAGCUUCUUGUUGCCUCGCCUUCUUGCCGAAUAGGCCAAAAGAGUCUUCCUAAAUUUGGAAGUGCUACUUCCGUCAUAUAUUCGCCAAUUUGGAGGACGAAAGUGGCAGCUUGUGCAAAGCAUUUCGUGGGGGACGGUGGGACGAUGCAUGGAAAAGACGAAAGUAACACGGUGAUAGACUGGGAAGAGUUGCUGAGGAUUCAUAUGCCGGCGUACUACCCUUCCAUCCUCAUGGGGGUCUCCACCGUCAUGGUUUCCUACUCUAGCUUGAAUGGCGAGAAGAUGCACGCGAAUCCCGUUCUUGUCACCAACUUCCUUAAGGGAACUCUCAACUUCAAGAUUAUGAUCCCCAACAACCACACCGAGUUCAUAGACACCCUAACCUACUUGGUGAAGAACGGAUUCAUCCCCAUGGACCGGAUCGACGACGCCGUGACAAGGAUCUUGAGAGUCAAACUUGCGAUGGGCCUGUUCGAGGAUCCAUGGGCCGAUCUAAGCCUCGCCGACCAACUCGGAAGCAAGGCCCACAGAGAUAUGGCAAGGGAGGCAGUGAGGAAAUCACUGGUGCUGCUCAAGAAUGAUGGGCCUUUGCUCCCACUCCCCAAAAAGGCAACAAGAAUCUUAGUGGCCGGGACUCAUGCUAACAAUAUAGGCAAUCAAUGUGGUGGGUGGACUAUCGCCUGGCAAGGCAAGAGUGGCAACAUCACUACAGGCACCACAAUAUUAGAAGCCGUUAUAAGCGUCGUGGACCCGACCACAGAAGUAGUGUACAACGAGAACCCGGACGCGGAGUUCAUGGGAUCCAACGAAUUCUCAUACGCCAUUGUGGUCGUGGGAGAAUAUCCCUACGCCGAGUACGACGGGGACAGCGCAGACAUGACCAUCCCCGAGCCGGGUCCCGCCACCAUCACCGCCGUGUGUGGCAGCAUCAAGUGCGUGACGGUGCUCGUCUCUGGUCGGCCGCUGGUGGUGGAACCCUAUCUCCCCUUGAUAGAUGCUUUUGCCGCGGCAUGGUUCCCCGGGAGCGAAGUACAAGGAGUGAGUGAUGUCUUGUUUGGCGACUACGAGUUUACCGGGAAGCUUCCGAGGACAUGGUUCAAGACGGUUGAUCAACUCCCUAUGAACGUCAGUGACUCACACUAUGAUCCACUCUUUCCAUUUGGGUUUGGCCUCACGGCGACACAGCCUAUUGCAGAUUCGUGAGUCAUAUAUGUGUGUGUGCGCGCGCGCUAAGGGAACCUAAACAUAAUACGCAUUCAUACGUUCAUGCAUGGGAAGUGUAUCUAGUUGGCGUUAGUUUGGCAGAAGGUGUGCGGUGGAUUGGAACGACAUUUUUUUUUCUCGACAUGUUCCGAAUAUAUUGGAAUGAAUAAGGGUUAGUAUU